AUGGGCGGACUGGGGGUGCUGACCGUCAUAGUUGACGGGCCGCACGUGCCCUCAGGGCCAGAGGUCCCACAGACCGUGAUCAAGCAGGAGGAAGUGCCGACGCGUUUAGAGGACAUUGGAGAACCGGGAUACAUCAUUCAGAUGCGACAGCGCGUGAAGACCAGCACGCCGCCUGGAGCGCGGUCGUUGCACGAAGACGCAGAUGAGGAGGCCACACCGCGUGAACAACGCUCUCGCGAGGCACGAGACACGGACACUGCCCCAACCACCCCGACUCGCCUGCGCACAGUAAUCAAACCGACUGGUAAAAGCACCAGCAUCAGCCACAGGGCCCAGGCACGCCGCGCGCAGCUCAUGCCGCCCCCAAACCCCGAGCGCAAGGGCGAUGCGAUGGCUGCCGCUCCCGAAACCACCGGCCUCCAUUCUAUGGAGUUGCGGAACACUACGCCCCAAGUGCAAGAGGAGCGCGCCCCUGCCGCAACCAUCCGCGGUGAGCAAGAGGAUCCCUCUUCCGCCCCAACGUCCUCCGAGCCUCCCGCCCAACCCGGAGGGUCCAUCGCGCAUGCAGGAGGCUCCCAGCCCAUGCACUAUGCGCCAGCACCACGCACACUACGUGAAGACAUGCUGCUGUACCCAUACCACGCAGCACCCUUUGCCCCCACGCAUUACGGUGCUGCCGGACUCGACCUCCACAACCUGAACAUGUACUACCACCCGUCUCCGUACCAGAACCUGGCAGCGCCGCUGCGCUCGCGAGCCCCAUCCAGCGUCUCACGUGCAGACCUCGCAGGACCCUCCACAGAGCCCCUUGCACCUCCCUCCAAAGUGGCAUCAACAUCCUCGCGAGUCGCACCUACAGCCCCGCGCUCGCGAGCGUCCUCCAACGCGUCGCAUAUCCAUCCCACCGAUCCCGCUGACCCUCUGCGCUACAAAAGCGCCUUAGCCCCCCCCGGUCCAAGCGACAUGCCGGGCUGGACCGUCCUCCAGGUGGCGGAUCCCCAGCCCCUACUUCCACAACGGCAAGCCCUUCCUCGCAGACCCUUAACACCCCCUCCUAGCGACAGCCAGCCCUCCAAGAGGGCCCUCGAGCCCACGCCCAAGGCGACGAGUACGCAGGAGGACCCAUCCACGGAUGUGCCUAGCGCGCAGCAAGCGGGCACCGCGGACAAUGCAGCGGCAAGUGCUGCCGGUUCCCCUAUGGAUGAGUCUGGCGACAAGGCG